AUGGAGGAACACGAUUUUAUUGUGAUUGGCGCCGGUCUCUCGGGCAUCGACGCCGGCUAUCGUCUCAAGACUGAACUACCAGACUGUUCAUACACGAUUCUAGAGGCACGUGACAAGAUUGGCGGGACGUGGUCUUUCUUCAAGUUCCCUGGCAUACGGUCCGACUCCCAACUCACCACGUUCGGCCUUCCCUGGAGACCAUGGGUGCACGACAAAGACAUGGCCGAUGGGCCAUUGAUCCUGGAAUACAUCGAGUCGGCCGCUCAUGAUGAAGGCAUCGACAAGAAGAUCCGGUUCCGGCAUAAAGUCACGGCUGCCAACUGGUCGUCCGAGGAGCAGCGGUGGACUUUGACCGUCGAUAACGAGGGCAGCACUAAAAUCUUCCGCGCCAAGUUCCUCUUUGCUUGUUCUGGAUACUAUGACUACGAGAAGCCACUGCAGGCUGAGAUCCCGGGUCUGGAGAACUUCCAGGGAACCGUCGCACACCCCCAGUUCUGGCCGACUGGGCUCAAUUACGCUGGGAAACGGGUUGUCAUCAUUGGCUCUGGUGCGACGGCCAUCACGCUUCUGCCAGUUAUGGCCAAGACAGCUGGCCAUGUCACGAUGCUGCAACGGAGCCCCUCAUAUGUCAUGACGUUGCCAUCCGUUAGCGUAGUCGGCAACUGGCUGAAGCAGUUGUUGCCAGCCCGGAUCGCCCAUCCAUUGAACUGGUGGCGUUGCUUCAUCACAGAACAGGGUUUUUCUCAAUUCUGCCUCGCCUUCCCCAAUGCCGCCAGGAAACUCAUCCUCCGGUUGAUGAAACAGCAGCUCCCAGAGCAUGUUCCAGUUGACCCUCAUUUCAAUCCACGAUACGUCCCCAUGGACCAGAGACUGUGUUUUUGCCCCGACGGCGACUUCUUCAAGGCCCUACACCGCGCCAAUUGUGACGUGGUCACGGAUGUAAUUGAAACGGUGACUGCGGAUGGAAUACUGACCAAGUCGGGGAAGCUACUCGAGGCCGACAUAUUGGUAACUGCCACCGGUCUCGAUGUGAGACUAUUUGGUGGUGCAAGUACUAUGGUAGACGGCGUUCCGGUUGAAAUCGGACAGCAAUAUGUUUGGAGAGGUUGCAUGCUCACUGGGAUUCCAAACGCCGGUGCAGUCAUUGGCUACACGACUAGCUCCUGGACUCUGGGGGCUGAUGCCUGCAUUCGACUAUUGAUUCAGGUCUACAAGCGGACUGUCAAAAUUGGGGCAACCUCGGCUGUUCCCACCUUUGACGAAACCACCCAUUCUGUGGUGUCGAAACCCGUCGUUGGGCACAGCUCGACUUACUUUGUGCGCGCGCGAAAUCGCUUGCCGCGAAUCACGGGUGAGAACCCUUGGUAUGGGCGGUUAAAUCCUAUUUACGACUACUGGCAGCUCUGGUUCGGAAGCUUGACGAGGGGCAUGAAGUAUGUGAUGCCCUCGAAGAAAAUUAAAUGCACAUAA